UGUUGCAGCACAAAAGGAACUUGCGGUUAUGGUCCAGAAUACUGCGGCAAGGGAAACUGCACAUCAGGCUGCACAGCAACAGCUAUGUGCGGAAAGUAUAGCGAGGGUGGCAAGGUCAAGUGCGGUAUGAAUUUGUGCUGUUCUGCUAUGGGCUGGUGUGGGACCACGGAGACUUAUUGCGGCAAUGCCGACCCUCAAGGUGCAACUCUUCCAUGCCAAGCCGGCUUCGGCUCAUGUGAAGUUAAGUCUGGUCGUACCUGCGGCGUCGGAAGCGGCACUACCAACGGCCGGACCAUCGGCUACUACCAAGGUUCCAACACCCGCGAUCGUCUGUGUAAUCACAUCUACCCCAGCGAUAUCGCAAGCACGGGAUACACACAUCUCUACUAUUCCUUUGCCUCCAUAGAUCCGAACAGUUUUGCUGUGGUGCCCGCAGACCCUGGAGAUGUCGCUCUUUACUCGGAAUUCGCGGCACUGAAGAGUCGAGGGCUGCAAACAUGGAUUGCAGUUGGUGGAUUUGACUUCAGUGACCCGAACAAGGCAACGCAUGGGACAUGGAGCAAGCUGGCUGCGAGCAAAGAAAGCCGCACAGCCUUCAUUAACUCUCUGUUGGCCUUCUUGCCGCAGCAUGGCUUCCAAGGUGUUGACAUUGACUGGGAAUAUCCCGUCGCCUCCGAGCGCGGAGGCAACCCGGAGGACACCCAGAACCUCGUAUAUCUCGUUCAAGAGAUGCAUGCUGCUUUCAAUGGCGCAUACGGUAUUAGUCUAACUCUCGCGCCUGACUACUGGUAUCUGCGCUAUUUCGAUGCAAAGGCAAUGGAGAGUUCUGUGGACUUCUUCGGCUUCAUGGCAUAUGAUCUCCACGGCUUCUGGGAUCAGGACGUCAAGACACUCGGUUCCAUCGUUCGUGGUCAGGCCGAUAUCCGUGACAUAGCUACCGACGCCCUCCCCUUGUGGUUUGCAGAGCUGGAUCCCUCGAAGAUCAACUUUGGUGUUGCGCUUUACGGGCGUGGAUACACGGUAACUGACAAGAGCUGCAACGACCUCGAGUGCUCUUUCAAGGGCCCAAGCAAGGCCGGCGUCUGCACUAACAGCGACGGCGUUAUGUCUUUGGUCGAGAUCGAGCAGUUAAUUCAGAAGAAGGGCUUGAUACCGAAGUACUUGCCUGACACCAUGAUGAAGCAAAUCACAUGGGACGAUCAGUGGAUCGGUUACGACGAUGCUGAUACUAUCAAGGAGAAGAAGGCAUGGGCAGAUAAUCAGUGUUUUGGUGGAACUAUGGCAUGGAGCGUGGAUUUCAACUCAGGUGCCGGGAGGUAA